UUGAUAUGAGAAAGACACAAUUUUAGGUGCAAUCGCAAGCCGUCUCAGUCAAACGCCUCUUUCUGCUCUUCGAAGCUCAUUUGCAUCUAUAAAAAGUGGUUUGGAGUACUUGGACUCUUUUGAUGAGCCAGUUCAGCCACCCUCCGGAUGUGGAAAGGACAGCGUCAACGUGAAAUGGACAACUGAUCAUGGACCGCAGUUCUUCAGGGCUAUUUGCUCAACUUCAACGAGCAAAAUCAUUUUCAAUGAUCGUUGCGAAAGAGUCAGCGUAGAUUACGAUAUCCUCAACUUCAACGAUGGAUAUAAAGAAGUCGGAGUGCUGCAUGGUUCCGACUUAAAAUUGGCGGAGGAUUCUAUUCACUGGACAGGAGGCGGUCGUAAGCCGUUGGAGAUUACUCUGCCUAAGCAUCUUCGUGCCGUUACCAUUAACGAUCCUCCGUUUAUCUACAUUACACCUAUCAUCUCACUUGCCGAGUGCAAAAAUCUUGGAACUGUUUCGGUCAAGCUGUGCUCUUCCGACUUCAUCCAAGUCAGAGGUCCUUGGUAUCCUUGUCCAAAGUACACUCUAAACUAUACAUAUCAUUAUUGCUGCGCAGGAUAUGCGAUUGAUCUUCUGUCGAACAUAUCCUUACCAGAGCCUAACACCACAAUUGACACUAGCUUCACGUUUUCCCUACAUUUGAAUGAAAGCUAUGGAGCCGUAACACUCGGAGAAAAGGGCUAUAUUCUUAGCGGAGCAUUAGGAGAACUGGACAGCGAUCAAGCCGACAUUGCUAUUGGAGGCAUGACUAUUAAUCCCGAAAGAGAAAAGUACAUUGACUUUUCCGAACCAUGGUUGUAUCACGGAAUUCGAAUCCUGGAAAAAUCGAUUCCUCGUGACUCUCCUAUGCAGUCAUUUCUGCAGCCACUGAAAUCUUCUCUUUGGACGUCUUUGCUAAUUUCCGUGAUCAUGGUUGGCUUAGUAAUAUUUUGCCUGGAUUUAAAGUCACCCUUUGAUCGUUUCUAUAAGAUUGAUAAAAGCCGUAUGGCUGCGGAUGAUCCUUUUCUGAAUGAAGUCGCUAACGAUCGUGUCAAUUUUGGCGAAGCGAUGUGGUUCGUUUGGGGAGUGUUGCUGAACAGUGGA